GAAAGUGUCGCCAUCUCAUGAGUGUUUAGAUAACUAAAAAUUAGAAGAAAAAUUUUUCUUCUCAACAUGUGAUUUUGUUUUUCUUUUAACCGAUUUCACUGUUAAUUAUUAUGACAAUUGUUUCUGGUAAAUGGACAUCGUCGUCGAUACGUCGGUGUUUCAUCGACUAUUUUGUCAACAAACAUGGACAUCAGUUCAUCCCGAGUAGUUCAGUUGUUUCACCUGAUCCGAGUUUACUUUUUGUCAACGCAGGAAUGAAUCAAUUCAAGGAUAUUUUCAUCGGGAAAAUUGGAGAUAAUCAUCAAUUUAAUCAUCUCAAACGAGCGGUUUCUAGUCAGAAGUGCAUUCGUACUGGUGGUAAACAUAAUGAUCUCGAUGUGGUUGGUUACAAUUUGAGACAUCACACCUUCUUUGAGAUGCUUGGGAACUGGUCUUUCAACGAUUACUUCAAGAAAGAAGCUUGUUCCAUGGCUUUAGACUUGAUAACAAACGAAUACAAAUUACCUGUUGAACGAUUGAUGAUCACAUACUUUUCCGGUGAUGAAAAGCUCUCAAUUGCUGAAGACGAAGAGACCAAGGAAAUCUGGUUAUCCCUUGGUUUACCGCAGGAUCGUCUUAUACCCUUAGGGGUAAAGGAAAACUUCUGGGAAAUGGGAGAAUCGGGUCCAUGUGGUGUCUGUUCAGAGAUUCAUUUCCAAUUGGAACCACAAUCACGUUCUCUCGGCGAUUGCUUAGAGAUUUGGAAUCUCGUUUUCAUGCAAUACAAUAAAGAUAAAACUGGAAAUCUUGAAAAAUUGUCUUCCAAUCACGUGGACACUGGAAUGGGAUUGGAAAGAAUGACCUCCGUUCUGAAUGGUGUCAAUUCAAAUUACGACACUGAUCUGUUUCAACCUUUGUUCGAUACAAUCUCCAAAAUGACUGAAUGUGAGCCUUAUCGAGGGUCACUUACUGACCAACGCGAUGUUGCCUACAGAAUAAUUGCCGAUCAUUUGAGAAUGAUAACAAUCUCUCUUGCCGAUGGAUUAGAACCUGGAACCAAAGAUGCCGGGAGACAUUUUCGAAAGCUUUUUAGAAAAGUUUUCGUUCAUCUUUUGUACGAUUUCAACUAUUCUCACCCAGAGAAAGUACUUCUUGAAUUGGCUCAACAAGUUGGAAAUAAUCUUGGCGAUUUUUACUCAGAAGUUCCAAUGAAAAUGGAAUCCAUCCGAUCAACAAUUAAACGGGAAUCUUCACUAGCCAACGAAAUAAUUAAUAGGGCCAACAAUAUGUUCGCAAAAAUUGCUGAUAGACUUGAUUCGAAGAAAGAAACAACAAUUAGCGGUGAAAUAGCUUUCGAUCUGUUUCUCAAUGGAGGAGCUUCGACUUUCAUGAUUGACAAAAUGGCUUCGACAAGGAGUUUGAAGGUUGAUUGGAAACAAUUCGAAGUGAAUUUCGAAAAACAUAAAGCUAAAUCAGCCGAAGGGUUAGAGGAUAAACGGGGAGUUAGAAAAUUUGUAAAGAGUUGAGAUUUAAUUGUUAAUAGAACCAAAUAUCUAAAUAAGUUUCCGUAGAUACAAGAAUAAAUGAAGAUUAUUGAUUCA